GCGAGCCCGAGCGGAGAAAGAGAGAGAAAAAGGAGCGAGAUAAAAACCCUAAUCGCCCUAUCGCAAGGUAUCCGAUCCCUUCCUCCACCUCCCAAUCCCCUUCGAAUCCGAUUCGAUUCACCCUCCACUUCGGAAUCCCCCACUCGCCCAAUACUCCGAUUCCGAUCCCUGUGUGCGAUUCUCACUGUAUAUAUCUUGUUGUUGUGUGUGUCAGUUCGCAUAUCGGAUUGAUCUCGCCGGAGAGUGCCGAAUCUGAUUAGUUAGCAAGAAACCUGAUUGAGUUUCAUGGGAACUAAGGUUGAUAAAGACAAGAAUUCAGAUGGGAGUCUUCUUCGUGACAAGAAGAUCACAAUUGUGUUUGUCUUAGGUGGUCCUGGUUGCGGUAAAGGCACACAGUGUGAAAAGAUCGCCAAACACUUUGGGUUCACACAUCUUAGUGUUGGUGACCUUCUGCGUGCAGAAACUAAAACUGGCUCUGCAUAUGGUGCCAUGAUCCAGACAAUGAUGAAGGAAGGGGAGAUUGUACCUUCAGAAGUCGUGGUUAAGCUGUUACAGCAGGCUAUGCUUAGAAGUGGAAACAACAAAUUUCUUAUUGACGGAUUUCCUCGCAAUGAAGAGAAUCGUCUGACAUAUGAGAGUGUUAUGAAAAUUGAGCCUGCAUUCAUUCUUUUUCUUGACUGCCCACAAGAGGAGAUGGAGCGGCGGGUUCUAAACCGCAACCAGGGACGAGACGAUGAUAAUAUUGAAGCAGUUAGGAAGCGUUUCAAAGUUUUUUCGGAGUCCACUCUACCUGUUAUUGAAUACUAUGAGCGAAAGGGAAAGGUUCGAAAGGUUGAUGCCGCAAAGCCAAUUGAUGAGGUUUUUAAUGACGUAAAGGCCAUUUUUGCUCCAUAUAAAGUUGGCUAGAUGUGCAAGAAAAACCAAGGCACUUUUUAGGAAGAGAGCUCCUGUGUAAGCUUCAUGAGGGUCGGCGAUGCUGUUAACGUGCCUAACAGUAAGAAAGUAAUGUGUAUUCUUUCUGUGUCAUUGUGAACAUGUAGCUAGAGUGGUCUCUAUGAAUGUAUCUAACUCCUAGGAGCCAAGCAAAUAGUUGUAUUACUAAAUAAGAUAGAAAUAAAUGUCAUCUUUAUUAUCUUAUCAUUAUAGGAAUAGUAUUUGUUGCAGAGUUUGUUGUAA